UGGUCAGAACCGUCGAUGUCAGUUUUUGUUUCCCAUUGUCUUCGUUUUCUGUGUGUAGCUAGCUGCUAUCCAGUGGGCUGCGAAUUCCGUUGGAUAUUCUUUGUGCAGCAAUGGAGUAUUGAUUCGAAGCUCGUGCCCUGUUUGUCAUCAGAUAUUAGUCUGGAUUUGCGGUAUUUCAUGCAUGGGCUUUGCAAAGAAGGCACCAACUGCCGGUAUUCCCAUGAUCUGAACACCAGUCAGCCAUCGACAGCCAUGAUUUGCAAGUUCUUUCAGAAAGGAAACUGUAUGUUCGGGGACCGGUGCAGAUUUGAGCACUCUAAAGAAGACCUGCCCGGGCCCAAGCUGCCGCUGCCCUCCGCCUCCUCCACCCCCCGCCCCCCCGCGUCUCUCAGUGCCCCGUCCCGCCAUGCCCGCCGACCAGGGAGUGGCGAGGCCGUGAACAGCCCGGAGAACCCUCUCAGAUCUGGGGCAGGAGACUGGGUGAUGGCGGCGGAGUUCGUGCCCGGCCGGCCCUACUACUGCGGACGGGCUGAUCCUGUAGCGCCGGGGGAUCCCGUGGAUCCCGUGGAUCCGGUGCCGGAGACGGGACCUCUGAUCGAGGAGCCGGAAAAGACCCGGGCGGUGGGAGGCGAUAAGGAGUUGAGGAAGACUCUGUGUCCCUAUGCCGCUGUGGGGGAGUGUCGUUACGGCCUGAACUGUGCCUAUCUCCACGGCGACGUCUGUGACAUGUGCGGCCUGCAGGUGCUCCACCCCUCCAAUGACGCCCAGCGAUCGGAACACACCAAGGCCUGCAUCGAGGCCCAUGAGAAGGACAUGGAGAUUUCCUUUGCCGUCCAGCGAAGCCGGGACAUGCAGUGUGGCGUGUGCAUGGAGGUGGUGUUUGAGAAGGCCAACCCCAGCGAGAGGCGUUUCGGCAUCCUCUCCAACUGCUGCCACUGCUACUGCCUCAAGUGCAUCCGAAAGUGGAGGAGCGCCAAGCAGUUUGAAAGCAAAAUCAUCAAGUCCUGCCCAGAGUGCCGGAUAACGUCAAAUUUCGUCAUCCCCAGCGAGUAUUGGGUGGAGGAAAAGGAGGACAAACAGAAACUCAUCCAGAAAUAUAAGGAGGGAAUGGGGACUAAAGCAUGUCGAUACUUCGACGAGGGACGCGGAGCCUGCCCGUUUGGGUCCAACUGCUUCUACAAACACGCCUUCCCUGAUGGACGGCUGGAGGAACCGCAGUCCCAGAGGCGACCGCCCGGAUCCAAUGGCAGGAACCGGAACCCGAGGCGGACACCCCUGUGGGACCUGUUCGAAGAACGGGAGAACAGCAGCGACUCUUUUGACAACGAGGAUGAGGAGAUGGUGACCUUUGAACUGAGCGAGAUGCUCCUCAUGCUCCUCGCUGCGGGAACUGACGAUGACGCCACCACAGACUCCGAAGACGAAUGGGACUUGUUCCACGAGGAGCUGGACGACAUCUAUGAGAUUUACCUAUAACACCACUCCUAGCUAAACAUGCUAACCUUUGACCCUUACGCUUUGACCCCUACCUUGUACCCGUCUUGGGUCAGCUAAGAUUUCAGUCGAUUCAGGAUGUUCACAGACAUUCCAAUUCCAAUUGUCUUUAAUACUUUUCAAUUGGGCAUAAUUGGAAUUGGACUUUAAUUUACAGGGUAGGGGUAACUUUGACACCCCCACCCCCCAACUGUUGACCCUGGCCCUAGUACCUGUCCGCUUGUACUACAACAAAGACUGGACUGACUCCUGUGUUUCGACGGUAGCUUCUAUCCUGUAUGUUGUGGCAGUGCCUUUAAGCAGGCCACCCAUGCAUAAAUGAACUAAAUGAAAAAUAAAUUGGUUAAAAGUAAAUAAAAACAAGAGAAUUAGAGGGUUGUUCGAUGGGUGCUCGCCAAGUUAGCUGUACAGUAGCGUUGAGCUGCGACUAGCGUGGGCAGGCUAGAGCUCGGUCAUAAACAAAAAUGUAUUUAGCAAAAAGCAACAAGUUUAAGCACACAAAGAAUAGCCCCAAGUUACAGAGAGCUUUUUUUGGGGGGGGGGGGGGGGGGGGUAAAUGCGGGCUAUUGUUUGGGUGCUGAAAUGCAUUGUUUUUAAUAAGCUUCAACAUUGAGGUUUGUGCCCACAACUGUUGCCACUUAAACCAAUGUAAAAUGUGUUAACUUGAGGCUGGUGGGUGGGGUCGCUAAAACCGUUUCCCAAUAACCUCCCGUCCUUGUCCAUCCGGCAGUGUCCGGUUCAUGUAAAAAGGUAAACACAAAGCUGCGAGCAGCGUUUUCGGUUUUCAGCACUACUCACCGUGGCACCAUCGACACAUUGGAAAUUAACAAAGGAGCGUUCCAUAUUUCCACACUCUGUCAAAUGGUUUAGGAGAUAUAGAAACGUGACCUUUUUACAGUGCCAUCCUGUGGUCAAUCUAUCUAUUCUGCCAAGAUUAACCUUUCUAAAUCCUUAAAUUUUCAUGUCAGAAACUGAAUAAUAAUAAUCAAUGAUGAUAAAUACAUUGCUGAAACCCUAAUAAAAUGGAGGAAAAAAACAGCAAAAAAAGUAUAAACUCUUUUGAAAAUAUGGCUAAUAAACCUUGUUAAGUUUA